GCAACAAGUGCAUUAAUGAUGCUCGCGAGCUCAAUCCUCCAAGAAAGAACUGUUAACUGGACUCGUCGGCCAAACUGUGAGCUUUUUCUUCAGCCUCUUCUGGAGGCAACAGAUGAGUCAGUGUUUGCCUUGUGAACUUGUUUGACUGCUUCAAGGUUUUUUUUGCCGGUAGGUGAAAACGAAAUUACAAACCUCGGGGCUUGCGCAAUUAAGUUUUAUCAGUGAGCUCGUGAGCUAGCUCGAGUUGCUAGCACAGUUCGUUAAAGAAGUCAGCCAGCCGUUUGUCUCAGUAUGUUGCGGUGGUAGCUCGCGAGCAGGGGCAGCGCACUUGUUCGUUGUUUUCGUGCCCGACAUGUUUUUUGCGAGAGGACGAGGAGUGGACGAGGCAGCAAGCGAAGAGCCAGGCUGUUUCACUAUGGCUAGACAACAAAAACAGCUGCUCUGUUGAUGUGAGAGAGGAGGUCAGGAGGACAACAUCAGCGACUAUGAGCAGGGCAGAACAAAAGGACAGGGUCUUGUCCACAAGCGAAGACCCUCUCCCGUGCAUCCUCAACUCUAAAGCUGACCCACUGACCCGAAAUCGACCCCUCAGUGAUAUAUACCCUUUCCAUAGUCGUGCUGACGGAAGUGCAGUCCCAUAUCUGCUGUCUGGGUGUGGUGCCCAAGUACAGCCGAUGACUGGAGGCCCUGAUGAGAACAGAUUAAACGGCAUCAACUCCUCCGCCUGGUCCAACCCUGUUAUAGGUCAACCUGAGGGAAAGCCUUACUCUGCAAGAAUUAUGAAGCUUUUUUCUAACUCAAAGAAGGGCCCUGUGCCUUCUCUCAGUCCAACCACUGAUGGCUCCACCUCUACUAACAUCAGUGGCAGCAACAGUGGCCCCCAGUCUUGGUCAGGACUUUCAGGACUGGCUGUUGUGGACUCCUUUAAAAAGCUCCGCUCCUCUGUGCUCCAGGGUAUACAGAGUAGAGGGGCAGUCAACAGCGAUGGAGAGCCUGUCCCUUCAGCGAUUCAAGACAUGGCUAAUGGCACUACUGUGGCCAACACUGACUCUGGUCCAGAUGAUGCAACAGAUCAUUUCAAGUUUUCAGAAGGAUAUAGUGUGCCUAAUGGAAAUGUGAUGACCCAGUGUGGAUCGGAUAUUGAGGAUUACGACGAUGAGGAAAAUGAUGAAGGAGAUGGACUCACACGCAACACGCGUUUCUCCAGGAGUAUCAGGAGGGCGUACGGAGCAGGACGCAUCUCUUUACUUGACACGGGGAAUGGGAGAUUAGCAGGAAGAAGCACAAAUGCAGCUACGGGCAGUCAGAAAGCCAAUCAGAUCUCUGAGGCGAAUGCCCAAAUAGAGAACGCUAAUAAACAAACAAAUGUGAAGGUGCUGAGCAGACUGAGCAAAAGUGCAGAAAAUAUUCACAUAUUUAAGGCACCUUUCAGACGCAAAGCCACAUCUCCGGGGCCUCCUUCGCCAGAGGAAGACAGCCAGGGGACUAGCACAUCAAACGGGACACCAAGCAUCCAUAGGACGGCCAGCGCCUCCUCAGUCGACUUCCGGGGCCGCGCUGUUAGCCGCAAGAAGAGCCCUGUGAAGACCAAGGGGCCGAUGCUAAAGCUAGUGGGCAGCAUGACUGACCUGACUGUCCGACGCAGGCGGAGUCCCUCUCCCAGCCCCACCUCUCCAUCUCUCAUGUCACCCCUGAGCCGUCUCCAUGACGACUACUCCCGCCGUGUGCCUUGCCUAACAACCAGCGAGCGACAGCGCCGACCCUCACCAGUCAGAGCCCGGGUCCUGUCUGUUGAACACACCCCUCUGGUUCACUCUCAGCCUGAAAACGACGUCAGCUCACAGCAGCACCAGGUCCUCAUCAGCCCAGUUUCUGUGGAGCCCCCAGAGAGAACAGGACCAACUUUACCCGGCAUUUCUGUUGCCACAACAAAUGCAGCAGAAUAUGAUUCAUCUCCACUCAGCCAAAAAGAGCCUUCACAACAGCAAGAACAGUCAGAGGUCACUGCGCUAUCAAACCAGGUGACAUCAGACAAACAAGGCCAAGAGGCACUUUUCCAAACAGAGGAUGUCUCUCCAAUAGCCAGCAGCACCCCUCCGAUCUCUCCAACAGGCCUCUCGGAGUCAUCCACAUCACCCACAGAUCCAUCCCCCACAUCUUCCACACAAGAAUCCGCUAUCAAGCCAAGACGAAGGAGUGGGCGCCCGAGGCCUCGGCCAAUCUCUGACUAUGGGCAGCUCCUUUCCAGGAAGCACUCCAUUCCUGAGGAAGCUAGAGAGCUGCGUGCGGAAGAAAGGACAGCAAAUGCAUCACUGCAUAAAGACAGCAGUGGUGAUGACAUGUGUGCGAGUGGAGAGAGCCCUGAGAGCUGUAACAUGAAUGGAGACUUUCAGGGCUUGAGGCACCGGCCAAUCUCAGUGAUAGGAGUUGGGGAUCUGUUCCCACCUGAUGCUGAGGAAAAGGAUGAGCGCCUUCCUUCUUCCCUGUCUCGGCCGCCCAUCCCCUCACACCAGGUGCCCCCCUACAGAGCAGUGUCAGCCAGGUUUCGCCCCUCCGUACUCUCCCAGAGCACCCCAAUCGGAUUGGACCGCGUUGGACGGCGCAAGCUCCACAGAGUGCUCAGUGAGGGUACGUCUGAGUGCUCGGUGACACUUGAUGACAGCGUGAGUGAAGAGGAGGAGGAGGGCAGCUUUGAUGAACUCACUGAUGUCACGCCCUACCUCCAGCCGGGGGUGGAGCUCUCUGUGCUCAACGAGUGGAUUAGCUCGGGCCACACCGUGUACGCUGAGGCUCUCUGGGACCAUGUGACCAUGGGGGAGCAGGAGCUGGCCUUCAAAGCUGGGGACGUUAUCCGUGUCCUGGAUGCCUCGCAUACGGACUGGUGGUGGGGCAGGGUGGCUGACAGGGAGGCCUGGUUCCCCUCCAGCUUUGUGAGGGUGCGAGUUAACCAGGAGGACUCCAGUGCAGAGAGUGUGGAGAGUGUAGCGGACCAGGAGGAUCCAACUCCCAGGGACACACACAGCGCUCAGCACAAGGAGCAGAUGAGAACUAAUGUGGUUCAGGAAAUCAUGAAUACUGAACGCAUCUACAUCAAGCACCUAAGGGACAUCUGUGAGGGCUACAUCCGUCAGUGCCGUAAACACCCUGACAUGUUUACCGAGCUGCAGUUGAAAACCAUCUUCAGCAACAUAGAGGACAUCUACAGGUUUCAGAGGCAGUUUCUCAAAGACCUGGAGAAGAAGUACAACAAAGAUGAACCACAUCUCAGUGAAAUAGGCUCUUGUUUUCUCUUGCAGGGAGAGGGUUUCUCUAUCUACUCUGACUACUGUAACACUCAUCCUGCAGCCUGUGCUGAGCUGCAGCGCCUCAUGAAGUUGGGCAAAUAUAAGCAUUUCUUUGAGGCCUGCCGGCUCCUCCAGCAGAUGAUCAACAUUUCCAUUUCAGGUUUCUUGCUCACACCUGUCCAGAAGAUCUGUAAAUACCCCCUGCAGCUGGGAGAGCUGCUUAAGUACACCCCCAAAGACCACAGUGACUACAGCGGAGUGAGCAAAGCAUACGAGGCUAUGAAGAAUGUGGCCAGUCUGAUAAAUGAGAGGAAAAGACGACUGGAGAGUAUCGACACCAUUGCUCACUGGCAGGUGGCCAUUCUGCAUUGGGAGGGGUCCAAUGUGCUCGAACGCAGUUCAGAGCUGAUCCACUCUGGUGAGUUGACUCGAGUUGUCCGGCAAGGCAAAAUGCAACAGCGCAGCUUCUUCCUGUUUGACCACCAGUUAGUCUUCUGUAAAAAAGACGUCCUGCGCAGAGAUCUGCUCCACUUCCGUGGACGGCUGGAUAUGGACCAGACCGAGGUGGUGGAUGUGCCCGACGGACGGGACCAAGACCUUGGCCUGACCCUGAGGAAUGCUCUGCGUCUGCGCAACGCCAACACUUUGGAGUUUAUUUGUGUGUUGUGCUGCAAGAAGGCUCAGGACAAGCAGAGGUGGUUACAGGCCUUUGCCAAGGAGAGAUACAGAGUCAAGGAAGACCAAGAGAUGGGCAUGGAGAUCAGUGAAGAGCAAAGAAAACAGGCCAUUGUUAACGCAAGAAGAGCCAAACACGGGAAGAGUAAAACCAUUGGUUACUCUGGUUCUGUUCCACCACACCACCAAAACCUGCACCCACUUCACCAGCGUCACAUCACCAUUCCAACCAGCGUGCCUCAGCAGCAGGUCUUUUCACUGGCCGAGCCCCCAAAACGAAAGCCUUAUCACCUGUUGUACAGCAUCACUCGCAAUGCCUUUUUCAGGAAAUGAGGCUUUUGGUCACUCAUCUUCCCCCCUCCCCCUGUGCAUGUUCAGAGCACGCCUAAAACUGUCCUGAAGACUCAAAGAACACUUUAUUUUUUCCUGUAUUUUCCUGCCUGUGAAUGUACUGUCAAGUUCUGUUUUUUUGCCUCGUGUUUGUUUUCUACAUGUCUGUUUUUGUCACAUGUUGAAGUUCAGUGCCUACAAUUUGGAAAGGGCAUGAUGAAAGUGUUAAAAUGCUGACCCUGUCCAUUUUGUUAGUGUGUUUGAAGAUGCUGCUCACUCAAAGAGAGUCCCACCCCUUUGACUUAUUAAUUCCAGCUGAAAGAGGUUUUUAUGUUGAUUAUGAUGACGAUGUAUAUUCAGCUUUUACACUGACAAACAUGGUUUUAGUUUAUUUCACAAAGGCUGGACCCUUUUUUUGUCGCGAGUCUGUCAACUCUGAGCACAGAACAGCCAGAGGAUAAAUUAACUGACACUUUCACCUUCCCUGUUAACACUGUAAAUAAAACUCUUGUACAAACAUG